GGUUAUCGUUGAAUCAAAAUAUGGAUAGGUAUAAGGAUAAACAUAAGGCAAGCGGAGAAAAUAGCAGUGCUACGAAUGUGGUACGUGAAAACUUCGGUAAACUUGCUCAGGCCCGUUAUAUUGAAAGGUGCCCUGCGCAUGAACCGUUUCUUGAACCACUAGAGGAAGGUGCAAAGAAACGAGCUAAGUCUAAGAUAGCUGAUGCUACACAAACCUUAGAGGCGCGAUCAUUAGCUGCCGCAACUCCCAUGGAAUCACAGAGAUUUUUAGUUGAGGAAGAUACAUUGAUCGGUGGGGCCCUUGAAGAUAACAAAAAAUCUUCCAUUACAGACAUUGUUGGUGAAAAGCGCAAGCUCGAACCUGAAACAGAGAGUUGGGCAACAAAUGAUCAUAAAGAAAUACUUUGGCGUGUCAAUUUUGAGGAACUUGUACGGCGUCUACGCCAUAAGUCAUGUGUUUCCCGUGUGACGGAACGUGUGGAUAGUGUAGCUGGCAUCGUCCUAAGUGCAAUAUUUGAGGCAAGUAGAAAAGAGGAAACUAGUGUGAAAACAGAAAAAACAGUUCCGCUUCUCUUGGAAACCAUCUAUGAGGAAGCAAUGAAGACUGAAGAAGGUCGAAGUUUGACUUUAGAGCGUGUUCGGGCCGCCCUUGUCCAAUUGGGCUGCGAACUUCCAACAAUCGGGAUUGAUGAAACAUAUAGCAUAGACUUGAAGAAAAUCAUUUUUCAGGCUCAAGCCCAGGAGGUUGAAUCCAUUGUGCUGAAAAAAUAUGGAAGGGAGGCUUACAGGAUAUUCAGGUUGCUAUCUGAACGUGAACGGCGUAUUGAGACAGAUAAGAUAUCCAGCACUACAUUUGUUGAAAAGAAAGAUGCACUGAAGAUUCUUUUUCAGCUAUGGAAAGAUGAUUAUUUGAAUCUUGAGAGAGUUGGAAACGAAGCUCAGAAAAUGGAGAUUAUGUUGUGGGAAUUGAAUAAACGUUCCGUUUGGGAACAAGUUUUAGAUGAUAUGUAUCAUGCUGCCCUCAACUUAAAACUUCGCCUUGUACAUGAGCUUGAUCAUGCACAAGAUUUGCUUAAGGGAAAAAGCUUAAAGGAAGGAGAUGAAGCGGCAAACAUGCGCAAAAAAGCGCACGACAAAUGGAAGGUUCUGGAAGCUUCUUUUAUGAUUCUUGAUGAUGCCAUUAUGCUAUUUCAUGACUUUUAAGUUUUAAGCAUGAUGAUAGACAGCAACCAACCCAGCUUUGUUUUUCAUAAUUCAAUAGGUAUAUAUAUCUAUCUACACAUGUGUUUUCAUUAUUCAAUUGGAUGAACUUUUUGGGGAAUUCUAUGGUUUGGCAAUGUUAUUAUGGUGUAUUCAUUA